GUGGGGGAACGUUUCUCGGCAAAUUGCUGAGGUGGCUCGGCCAAGCCCUGCCUCUGCUCGCCCAGCUCGGGGAGGCCUGUUUCCUGGGCUGACUGGCUGGCGGGGCCCCAACGCGUGUCCCCCGCGCCAGACUCUGAGCCGACAUUGAGGAAAAGGCGCGGCACUUCCCAGGGGCAGUGGAGUUGUGUAGCGUUGGUUGAACAUGGAAGCGCUGUGCGCCGCUCAUCAAACGUUACUUCGAAAUCUAGAGAAACAUGGGCAACACAGCCUGCUGCAGCACGCUGCGAGCACGCGAGUUGGUUACCUUUGGUCACUGCCCGGCAGCGGCUCAGCCGUAUAGCAGUAGGGGUCAGUAGCCAUAUCUUCAUUCUAAAGUUCUUUAAACCACCAGCCCUUCUGCAUCUUGUCCUUUUUUAUCACUCGUAACAUGGUCCAUAAAGCCACGUGUAAAGCGUCUUUAGGGUUGUCUAGUCAAAUGUUGAUUCUGCAGGGGUAUUAUCUUGUUCUGCCCCAAGCACAGAACCUUGCAUUCUGUGCCGUCGGGCAACUCCUGAUCCUCCUAGGUAGCUGAUUACUUUGUUUAUUUCAUUCUUGAAGCAAGCGGCCCCCGAUCCCCGUCAAAGCCCAGUGCGGCUCUGUCUGAUUACAUCAAGUGGAACCGGCCAUGCCAGGAUGAGCAACUUUUGCUGCUGAUAAAUUGUCAGGGAGUUUUAGCAGUUAAUCCUUUCCAAUCACUGUAAUGAGGCCCAAGCCUCUGUCACGGCCAACAAAGUUGUCUGGAAAUGUCAGAGCUUUAUGGUAGGAAUCUUAAUACAGGGAACAAGGAGACUGGAAGAUUCUCCCAGUCUCCAGCAGUUCCCAGUCUGUGGUACGGGUACCACCAGUGGUGUGCGUUAACAGAUUUAUUAUAAUUAUAUGACAAGAAUUUGCUGGCGGUACUAAAGGUUUUAUCAUUUUAAUUUGGUGGUGUGCAAUCUGCCAGAGUUUGAGAACCACUGAUGUAAAACAUUUUGAGAGAAUUUGAACAGGUUUUCCUUUGCAUUGUUGAGUUUUGUUUAUCCUUUCUUUCACCAUAGUAAUUAUGUAAACUUUAAAAAUGUUUAAUCUUUUAUAGGAAGAAGAGAAAUUAAUCCAGCAGGAACUAACCAACUUGAAAGCAACAGUUUCUGCUCCCACUACAACACUUAGACUGAUGAAAGAAUGUAUGGUGAGACUUAUUUAUUGUGAAAUGCUAGGAUAUGAGUCCUCCUUUGGCUAUAUUCAUGCUAUCAAGUUAGCGCAGCAAGGAAACCUGCUAGAAAAAAGAGUUGGUUACUUGGCUGUUUCUUUGUUUCUCCAUGAAAAUCAUGAAUUGUUGCUUCUGCUUGUUAACACAGUUGUGAAGGACUUGCAGAGCACUAACUUGGUUGAGGUAUGCAUGGCGCUAACUGUUGUCAGCCAGAUCUUUCCACGGGAAAUGAUUCCAGCUGUUCUUCCCCUCAUAGAAGAUAAGCUUCAGCAUUCCAAGGAAAUUAUCCGAAGGAAGGCUGUGCAAGCUCUGUAUAAGUUCUAUCUCAUUGCUCCCAACCAAGUCCAGCACAUCCACGACAAGUUCCGGAAAGCCCUGUGUGACAGAGAUGUUGGAGUUAUGGCUGCCUCUUUGCACAUUUAUCUUCAAAUGAUUAAGGAAAACUCAUCUGGAUAUAAGGACUUAACAGAGAGCUUUGUAACCAUUCUAAAGCAGGUAGUGGGAGGAAAGCUUCCCAUAGACUUCAAUUACCACAGUGUACCAGCACCAUGGUUACAGAUUCAGCUCUUAAGAAUACUGGGGCUGCUAGGAAAAGAUGAUCCAAGGACAAGUGAAUUGAUGUAUGAUGUUCUGGAUGAAUCUUUGAGAAGAGCAGAAAUAAAUCAUAAUAUUACAUAUGCCAUCUUGUUUGAAUGUGUCCAAACAAUUUAUACCAUUCACCCCAAACCUGAUCUGCUUGAGAAGGCUGCCAAAUGCAUUGGGAAGUUUGUUUUGUCACCAAAAAUUAACUUGAAAUAUUUAGGAUUAAAGGCUCUUACCUAUGUUAUCCAGCAGGAUCCUAAUCUGGCACUUCAGCACCAAAUGACAAUAAUUGAAUGUCUAGACCAUCCUGAUCCCAUUAUUAAAAGGGAAACAUUGGAACUUCUUUAUAGAAUUACCAAUGGGCAGAAUGUAACUGUCAUAGUUCAGAAGAUGCUUGACUAUUUAAAACAAAGCAAAGAAGAAUAUACCAUCAUCAACUUAGUGAGUAAAAUUGCUGAAUUAGCUGAAAAAUAUGCACCUGCCAAUGAGUGGUUCAUCCAGACUAUGAAUGCUGUGUUUUCGAUAGGAGGAGAUGUGAUGCACCCUGAUAUUCCAAACAACUUUUUGAGGCUGCUGGCUGAAGGGUUUGAUGAUGAAAAGGAAGAUGAGCAGCUACGGCUUUAUGCUGUUCAAUCAUAUCUUGGUUUAUUGGAGGAGGAAGAUGCCGUUUAUCCUCAGAAAUUUCUUCAGGUUAUGAGUUGGGUUUUGGGGGAGUAUUCCUAUAUUAUAAAUGAUGAGGGUGAUCCAGAAGUCAUUAUGACCAGACUGUGCAAAUUACUGAAGAAGACCUUUGUUACUUCUGAAACCAAAGCCUGGAUUAUGGCUGCAAUCACCAAAAUAGCGUCCCUUAACCGUGGCUCUAAAACAGUUGAUAAACUAAUCCAGGAAUUCAGCACUUCUCUGGAUACCUGCAUGAGGCAAUAUGCCUUUGAAUUAAAACAUCUCUGUGAAGACAAAGAUUUGAUGAAAAACUUGCUUCCACGUGAUGCUAGCUGUAAUGAUAUGGUGGUAGAUGCUUCCUUAUCUUUCCUAGAUGGCUUUGUGGCUGAGGGACUGAGUCGUGGUGCAGCACCAUAUAAACCUCAUCACCAGAGACAGGAGGAGAAGCUUUCCCAGGAAAAAGCUUUGAAUUUUGAACCUUAUGGACUGUCACUUUCUUCAAGCAUGUCGUCUUCUGGCUUCACUGGCAGGCAGUCUCCCACUGGUCUCUCUUUUGGUUCUGACGUGUCUGGUAAUAGCACUGAGAUGGGACAAAAAGAGAUGAGUAGUCUGAAACUUGAUGGUGUGAAGAAAUUAUGGGGAAAAGAUGGCUACCUCCCCAAAAAAGAAAGCAAAACAGGAAAAGAAGAUAAACUGGAGGCUGUACCUCCAGGCAGCACAUUAGGGGGAAACAUGGUUGAUCAUCCUCUGUCAGAAGCUGAUCAAGAAGUUGUCAGCCCCUCAGAGGAGGAAAAAGAGAAGCAGCAGCUAGCAUCAACAUUGUUUGUUGGGCUAGCAUCAAACAAUGCUGUCAGUCUGAUGGGUAAAGCAGACACCACCACUCAAAAAUUCAAAAGAAAAUCAAAAAUAAGUGAAACCCAAAAUAGUGAAGAAGCCCCAAGUAUCCAAUAUGAUGCUACCUUAUCUUUCAGACCUUUGCCUGAAGCACAAUCAAAUGACAAUGAAAACAUUCAGAGCACCGAACAUGUAAGAUUAAGGAAAAGCUCACUGAGUUCUUCAGAAGUUUUGGAAGCUAGCGUCUCAUUUAAGAGACCUCAGUCCCUAACAGAAGCUGGACUGGAUGCAAAACUUCCAGAUUGUAGACUGUCACCAUCAUCUUUGUUUGCUGAUAAUAACAUUGAAGUUUUUCAGCCUUCCCAAGUCAUUCCAUCUGUAGUUGCCAGUAAAGCCUCCUUGAUUCCUUCCUUAUCGGAAGAAUUAGCCAACAACCCUCAUUCAGAAGCAGUAGAGCUUUGUAGCUGUGACACCCUUGCUGUGAACUUGUGUAAAGUUUGGACAGAUGACUGUUUACUGCUUGUCUUGUUUGUUGCCAACAGAAGCUCCUCAGCACUUAAGAAUGUGAAUCUAGUAUUUGAAAAUUCAGAACAUUUUAAGAUUGUUGAAGGCCUUAGCUACCAUUUUCCUGUAAUAAAAGCUCAAAGUCUGGAAAGCUGCCAGAAGUCUGUGCAAAUGGAAAAAAAUUGUAUGCAGGAGAUUCUUGUGGGCUCUCUUAAUUACCAAUUAGAGAUGGAGACUGGCCUUGAAUUUUCAGUGACUUUGUCACUGACAGAUUUUAUCAGGUGGUUGAUUUUUCAUCUAAUUCAGAUGGCUAAUGAACACUAACUUGUCACUGCUCAGCAUCCUAAUGUGUGGAUCCCAGUGAUCAAGAAUGCCACCGUCUCCUGACAGCUUGGCCCCACCACCACAAGUGGUUCUUUUAUUGGGAGUCUCAGUAGAAAGUACAAGGAUUGACUAGAGACCAAGCUGUCAAUAAUUUCUAGCAGUUAUCUAUUGAAAUUAAGAUGUUGGCUUUUACCGCAGGGACAGUGUAAAAAAGUUUGUACAAAAAUGUUUUCUUCCUGGGACUUAGGACUUCAGUCUUCAGAACAAUUAGACAGCUUCAGUGAGCGCUAAAAUGUUUUGGUGUGUUAAAAUUACACACAAAAAGGUUUCUUUAGGUUUCUAUAUUGUUAUCCCUUUUGCUUUUUAAAUGUGUACUUGACACAGUGAGAAGGUUUUAUUCCUGUCGUUAGCAAAGUGAGUAGAAUUUUAAAUUCCUGCUAUUCUUUUACAAGGGUGGCAAAGAUUAGUUAUUUAGGCAUAAAUCUUACUUUUCCUGUUGCCCUUUUUUCAUCAUCUCCUUGAACUCAGCGUUUUAUAUUAAACAGAGAAAAACGUACUUGUCUUAAACAUCUUACUGUAAAAGAUUGACCCUGUUUUAUUCUAUACUGACACUUGCAUUUAGUCUUACUUCCAAACAUCGUGGAAAGUAUGGAAUUCUAGGGCUAAAUAAGGCUAGAGAUGUAGCCUCAAGCAUUUUGGAUAGUAAAGAAAUGUUAGUAUUUUUGAAAGCAGAAGAUGACUUGCAUAUUUUAAGGAUGUGCCCUAAUGUUUGUCGUCUUAAAAGGGUUUAACUACUGGAUUAUUCCAAAUACUGAGUUGCAAGUAAAUUGUGAAGUAGAGUUAAGUACAAAUCCUGUAAGAUCACUGAAUGCCUUUCCAUUUUGGAAUGUUCUCUUGAAAAAUGCAGCAUGCAUUUUCAGUGUAGUUAAUGGAACUGUAGAGACAAAGGGUGAUAAAGGCAUGCUGCUUCAGUAUAAGAUAAAUUAUACAUGCUUAAAAUUGGGUGAGCUUAUUUUAAAUACAGUGAUCCAAAUGGUGUGAAAGAGCUAACAACUUUUACAGUAAAAGAGCUCAUCCUACAUACUUGUCAACUGACAAAGCUUUUAAGUUAGCAGUAGUAGAAAUCCCUUUUUUUUUUUUUUUUUUUUUUCUUUAAAGCAAUCAAUUUCGGUUCUGCUUUUGUAAUGGCAAAUGCUGGGGUUUUCAUUGUAAAAUGACUUUCAGGAGGCUUAUAACCUGACAGUUCCAGCUUUUUUAGAUGGUCAGCAUUAACUUUUUAAAUUUAUUUAUAGAGCUGUAAAAAAGCAAUUCAUGUUCUUUAUAUUGUGGCUGGGGGGGGUGUAUUAAGACAAAGUUGUAUUUUGAUAUUGUUUGCUUUAUUGUUUUAAUGCCCUUUGGAUAUAGUGGCUUCUGGGCAAUCAAAAGCAUGCACAAUAGUAUAGAAGUUUAUUAUUUU